AUGGCCAUGGGGAACACAGCUGCAGUUCUCACCGUCUUCUUGUUCCUGUGGUCUCUUAAGAGCAGGGGCGUGUUGGCGGUUCUUCCUCGGUUGGAAUACGUCCCAAGGAAAGGCGACGGCAGCAUCGCUUUCCUGGUGGUUGGGGAUUGGGGAAGGAAGGGCCACUACAACCAAUCUCGCGUCGCUUCUCAGAUGGGGAGAGUUGGGGAAGAGCUGGAGAUAGACUUCGUGGUGUCCACCGGAGACAAUUUCUACGACGACGGCCUCAAGAGCGAGGACGACGCUGCCUUCCUUCAGUCUUACUCCAAAAUUUACACGGCCAGAGCCCUGCAGGAGAAGCCAUGGUUCAGCGUUCUGGGGAACCAUGAUUACAGAGGAGAUGUGUUGGCGCAGCUGAGCCCGGCGCUCCGGCGGAUUGACAGCCGCUGGCUUUGCUUGAGGUCCUUCGUCGUCGAUGCUGAUGUUGCGGAACUGUUCUUUGUGGACACGACUCCCUUCGUGAGCAAGUAUUUUACGGAUACCAAAGAUCACAAGUAUGAUUGGCGAGGCGUCCUGCCCCUCAACACCUACAUUGCCCCAUUAUUGAAGGAUUUGGAUUCAGCAUUGAGAGAAUCGAAUGCAAAAUGGAAGAUCCUCGUGGGGCAUCAUCCAAUUCGGAGUGUAGGUCACCAUGGCGACACACAAGAGCUCAUCGAUCAACUUCUUCCCAUCCUCGAGGCCAACAAUGUUGAUCUUUACGUAAACGGACAUGACCAUUGCCUAGAGCACAUCAAGGACACCAAAAGCGGAAUCCAUUAUUUGACGAGUGGAGGGGGUUCCAAGGCAUGGAGGGGAGGUUUUGACAUAGAGACGGAGUUAAGGGGUGGACUGAAGUUUUACCAUGACGGACAAGGUUUCAUGUCUGUAUAUGCGACCCUAUUCCACAUUGAGGUUGCCUUCUACGAUGUCUCUGCCACCAUUCUUCACAACUUCACGCUCACCAACAACCCUCACUACUCGCUUCUCUAGAUUAUUAUUAUUAUUAUUAUUAUUUGUUGGAGGAUAUCAAUGAAUGAUCAUAUCUACUUUAUUAUAUAUAUAUAUGUAUAUAAUAAUGGAGGUCUUCUAUGUAUUAUUAUUAUUAUUAUUAUUAUUAUUAUU